AUGACCCACCAAACACAUGCAUACCAUAUAGUCAAUCCAAGUCCUUGACCACUAACAGGAGCUUUAUCAGCCCUUCUUUUAACAUCAGGAUUAGUUAUAUGAUUUCAUUUUAACACUUCAUUUCUAUUAUUAGUAGGCUUAACUACUAAUAUGUUAACAAUAUAUCAAUGAUGGCGAGAUAUUGUCCGAGAAAGCACAUUCCAAGGACACCAUACACCAAUCGUACAAAAAGGUCUUCGCUAUGGAAUAAUUCUAUUUAUCCUAUCAGAAGUGUUCUUUUUUUCUGGCUUCUUCUGAGCUUUCUACCACUCAAGCCUAGCCCCUACACCAGAAUUAGGAGGCUAUUGACCCCCAGCAGGUAUUACUCCCCUAAACCCUAUAGAAGUCCCACUUCUAAAUACAUCAGUCCUACUGGCUUCUGGAGUAUCAAUUACAUGAGCUCACCAUAGCUUGAUAGAGGGAAAUCGCAUACAUAUAAUACAAGCACUACUAAUCACUAUUCUCCUAGGCUUAUAUUUUACACUUCUACAAGCCUCUGAAUACUAUGAAACACCCUUUACUAUCUCUGAUGGUGUCUACGGAUCAACUUUCUUUAUAGCCACAGGAUUUCACGGUCUCCAUGUCAUCAUUGGCUCAACAUUUCUUAUUGUAUGCUUCUUACGACAAUUAAAUUACCACUUUACAUCUAGCCACCAUUUCGGAUUUGAAGCUGCAGCCUGAUAUUGACAUUUCGUAGAUGUUGUAUGACUAUUCUUAUAUGUCUCUAUUUACUGAUGAGGAUCUU